AUGGAUCUGGAUGAUCCAGAAGAUGAUACCGACGCCUCAGCCGGAGUCGGUGUCUCAGAAUCGUCUCAAGCAGGCUCCGCGCCAGGGAAGGCUGCAUCUAAGUCCCCAACCCCCAUCAGUGAAGACGACGAUGAAGCUACACGGAGGAGACAGACCCAAGGGUUCAAUCCAGCCUCUUCACUAGAGUUCGUUGGUCGCUCCCUCCGUAGUCAGCCAAGCGUAUCGUACCAUGGACAAGAGCACGAGGCCGACGGCGACUAUGAUCUUUACAUCCCGGGUGCAUCCAGUCCUGACAGUAUCAUAGAUAAGGAGGUCGAGUCGAAAGGAUCGGUCGACUACCAGUCAUCUGCCGCCGAAGAGGACAACGACGAAGAGUGCGAAGAAGAAGCUGAGAUUGUGGAGGAGAUCAGCAAAUCGACCAAGCCUCGAUCGAUCAAGCCUCGAUCGACCAAGCCUCGAUCGAUCAAGCCUCGAUCGACCAAGCCUCGAUCGACGGAGCCUCGAUCGACGAAGUCCUCAAGCGCGGCCAAUGGUAAGGGUAUUGAUUUCAAUCUGCCACCCAUUGACAGCAUAGAAGGUGCCUUCGCCGACAUGGCCACUACGGCCCUCAAUCUUGGACUCGACGAGGUAUUAGAAGAGCUGGCAGACCGCCAGAUAGAGGUGGGAACCAUGUGUUCUGGCACUGAGUCGCCUCUCCUGGCGUUUGAUUUGCUGUCUAAGGCCCUUGUAGAAAACGGCCAGCGUCCCCUCCGGGUACACCAGAAGUUUGCUGCCGAGAUAGAAGUUUUCAAGCAAGCCUUCAUCGAGCGGAAUCAAUCGCCUGAAAUCAUAUUCAGGGAUGUACGAGAGUUCAUCCCAGAAGAGGCGACGACUGCGACCACAGCAUACGGGGCAGAGGAGCUUAUCCCUUCCGGUCUUGAUGUUCUGAUAGCUGGCUUUGUGUGCAAAGAUCUGUCUCGGCUAAAUACGAACCCAAAAGGUCUUCAGGACAACGGCGAAUCAGGCGAUACUUGGCUGGCCAUAUACUCAUAUGCCAAGCGUUUCCGGCCAACCAUUGUACUCCUGGAGAACGUCAAAAGCGUCAAGAAAACCUGGGAGGAACUUGUUUCCUUGUGGGACGACAUCGGUUAUGAAGCAGGAUGGCUAUUCCGGGACACGAAACGCUACCACAUUCCACAGACUCGAGAACGGAUGUAUAUGGUUGCCAUAGAGCGGAGUCACUUUGGCGAAGGGGUCCAGGAGGCUGUGAGAGAUUGGAAGACAAAGAUGAAUGAAUUACAGCGCCAGUGUAGCACACCUUACGAAUCGUGGCUCAAGAACAUGCUGCACGAGUCGAGCGACCACAGUGCGCUAAAUUCCGAGGUGGACUGGGCGUUGUGCAAACUCAGGUACGAUCACAUCCGAGCGGAGGAGGGAUUAGGCAUUCUCCGCCCUGUGACCAAAUGGAGCGAGAACGGUACAGUAAGGCCACCUGAUUUCGCCAAUCGCGCAUGGUACAAGUCUCAAUCUUCCAGAGUCUAUGAUGCUAUCGAUGUUGCAUAUCUACAAGCAGCAAACAAAGGCCUUGAUCAGAUGUACAAGAUGGCUGUCCUGGACGUGAGUCAAAAUGUGGAUCGAUUCAAAAACAGCCUGGGUGUUCUCCCUUGUAUCACACCCAACGGGUGCGACUUCGCGACCAACCGUCAAGAAGCACUGAGCGGGAAACAGCUCUUGGUUCUACAGGGGAUGCCCCUCAACAAGCUCCUCUUCGGCACAGAAACUCAGAAAGAAUGCCAGGAUCUGGCUGGUAAUGCCAUGACUACGACUGUCAUCGGUGCUUCGAUAAUAUCCGCCAUCAUCUCCGGCUCGAAAGCUUUUCGGCCAUCUCUUGCUGCGAAGAGUCAGCUAGUAUUGCCUACCACUAAAAAGCACCUGCGAGCCGGCCUCAAGGAGCCAACUCUUCUCCCUCCUAUCGACACGAAGGAAAUCGACCUUGAGGAGCUCAUGCGCGGGGCCAGGAUGAGCUCGCGUCUGUGCAAUUGCGAGGGGGAGAAGAUCAUCUGCAAGUAUUCCAUUCGUGUGUGCUCUGGCUGUGGGCACACCGCAUGCGAGCGCUGCGCUGGGAAUCCGAAGCAUCGAUACGAUGCUUCUGCCUCAAUACUUCGAAGCAACCGCACGCUGACUCCAAUCGAGUUCGUGCAGAAGUGGCGACAUAUGUUGUCAACACGCUUCAAGUUCGGCAGUUUCCCCGACGUUCGUCAAGUUGCCUCAUCUUUCCAACCAAGGACCGACCUUAUGAGAGACUUCAUCGACCGUGUUGUAGAAGCUGGAGCUGACACGCACUUUUAUGGUUUCCGCGAUAUGCAGAGGCAGGACGGCGGUUGGACAGUAACAUACGGCUCGACUCAUGCAACCCUGGAACUCCGCAUCGGUCACGCAGCAGAAUGGCUCUUGUUCAUCAACUGUCCUAAAAAGCGCCCUGGCAACGACCCUUUGCGCAAGUUGCUCCGGAGCCCUGUCGCUCGUGCCAAAGUCGGCUCCUCUUUGCUCGAUCUGAAGUGGGAAUUCUCUUUCCCUUCGGAAGAACUGCACAAACUCCGGAUAAGCGGUGUCGGUUCUCCAACCAGCUCCUGGAGAUGCCGUCUCGGUCUAUUGAAAUAUCAAGAGGAGACUGUUCCGACCACUCUACGGAUUGAGAGCCACAGCAAAUGCAAAGCUUUGACAGGAAAGUUUGCACUGUUAUCGGAAUGCGGAACUGCUUCAAGCAGUCUAUACAAACGUCCAACCGACCCCCCGCUUUACGUCUUCCUAGACCCUGAUUUCCUUGGCAAUUCCGACGAAGACAGCUUUGUCUUUAGCCACGACUGUACUCGCAAAACCUACGGUGAUGGCCGAUUGUCUUUGGCGAGCCUUGGAUCUUCAUGGCGACCGUGGCAUAUCCGUGACGGAGCAGUGCACAGUGUCGACACUACCGUUACUCAGAGCUGGAAAGCUGUGAGCAUGAGUCUGGAACUAGUCGAGACGCAACUCGCGGUCAGCGUCCCCAGGAACGCUGCCUCCCUGGGACCAAAUGCCGACUGUUCCCACCCCUCGACUAUCUUGGAAGUGCAGAUACCAGAACGUCUACAGGUCAUUACUGAGGAAUCCUGGGUUUUGAAUCGUGCGAAGCGCCGGCCGUCACUCUCCACCUGGCAGUCACUCAAUGGGAGCAGCACUGUAACCUGUGCUUGCGCACCUGUGUAUCCACACAUCCUGUGGCACGUAAACGAGAAAGGAGUCGCCGUUCCUCACGAAGCGCGCCAAGCAGCAGCCGGAUUUGAACGUGCCAUCAAAACACGAGCGCCGAUCUUCCAUGUCGAUUCCACGAUUCAAGGAGAGACUACCCACAUCGCGGUCGCAGUGAAUGUUGCAGCUCUUGUGCACCGUGCAGAAGGGCGUCUAGCACAUGUUAACCGGAACGAUUCCGCCUGGCGUCUUCAUGUUGAUCAUGCAGAGCUGCCAGCCGAGCGAUUCUCGAAAUUCGUUCUGAAGAGCAACUCACUUGAUCCUCCGUUCGAACCGACUCCGUCCAUCAAAUACUUGCUUCACGCUCAACCUCGAGCAUUGUCUUGGAUGAAAACCCAAGAGUCAGGCAUCUCGCUCAUGAUUACCGAAAUCGAAGAGGCCAUCCAGGGUGAUCUAGGUUGGAGAGCAGAAGCAAGAGCGCAAACCAAGGUCUUGGUUCGUGGGGGCGUGCUUGCAGAUCUACCAUCUUUUGGAAAAACAGUCACGACCAUUGCUCUAAUUCAGAGUGAGUUCGAAGACUUUUCGCCAAAGGUCCUGGUUCAGAACAACCGAAAAGUCCACGUGGGUGAGCACACAGGUGCACUUUUCGACACAGCUGCGACGUUGAUAGUCUGUCCAGCCCACAUCGCAUUGCAGUGGAAGACUGAGCUCGAGAAGUUCCUGGGCCGCAAGUACGUCGAUUACAAUGUGCAUUUGGUGCAGACAUACGCCGAGCUACAAGGGUUGACAAUCCGCGAUAUCCAAUCCAGCAAAGUCUUGGUGCUUGCAUGGACUGUGUUCGCUGAAGAGAACUAUAUUUCUGAUCUGGCACACUUCAGUGCUAUGCCACAGCCUAGCAUUACGGGGCGUCGUGCAUUCGAUACCUGGUUUGAUCAGGCUUCUCGGGAUAUCCCAGAUCAAGUGAAGGCAUUCCGGACCUCAACGAUCGAUGACUUCAGAGCCACUACAGAGGAAGGCCUGGCGGAUCGUUUGCAGCGCGAGGACUUCAAAGUCACUCUGCCGAUCAAGAUUCAGCAUGGGCGUGCUUACCAGCCGCACAAUGCCUCCAACGCAAAGGUCAAGGCAAGGGGCAACACUCAAAGCAAAUCGAAGGCGUCGGAAGCUCCUACAAGUGAUCAAGUGCCAUUGAUACAUUUGUUCCGUUUUAAUCGACUUGUCGUUGACGAGUAUCAUUAUCUCAACAAUGAUAAACAUCUCGACAACGUCGUCGCCUCAGUGAGCAUCAAACGCAUCUCUGCUUUGAAGCGGUGGGUCCUGUCAGGUACUCCAGCUUUGAACAACUUCUCCGACGUGGACCAGAUCGCAUCGUACCUUGGGAUCAAGCUUGGCAGGUAUCACUUCGGCGACGGCGUCGAGACAACACAGUCUGAUAACAUGCGUCGUCGCGAUCAGACCCGUGUUGAAGAUUUCCUCUCGCAGACCGAGACCAUGUCAAGGCAGUGGCAUGAGGAUCGACACCGCCGCGCCCAGGAAUUUUUAGAUCUCUUCGUCAGACAGAAUGAACCCUCCCUGGGAAACAUUCCCUGCGUCGAAAGAAUUGUGCCGAGCGAACUCGACAUUGGACACCACGCCACCUAUUUGGAACUGUCUGAAUAUGUCGCCUCGCAUCACAUGGCUAUCAAGAAGCUCAAGAACAAAGUGAGCUUAGACAAGGAAACCAGACUCUUCGACAAGAAUACCCGGCUCAAUGACAGUCUGUCCAACUCUGCAACAGCUGAGGAUGCGUUGUUGAAGUCUGCGCUCACCUCGGACGGGAAAUCAGCACUCCAAACCUUAGCCGAGCUAAGAUCAUCCCAACAACGCAAGGUACAAAAGGAAUUGAAAGAUCUCAUGGCUGGUUUCGAAGGUUUGGGCAAGGCUGACAAAAUCUGCAUACUGUACGACCGCUUCAAGAAGGAUAUCAUGAAUCCCGAGUGGCUCGGCGAUGUUGAAGCCACCAACAUUGCUUGCGACAUGCUUGAAGAGGCCAAGGAGAAACCCAAUCGUUCAGCAUUCUCGGAGCUGAAGGGCGUAAAAGGGGAGAAGAAAGCAACGCUUGCAAAAAAGCGCUUGUCCAGUCUUCGUGAGACAGCCCGUGACCUUGCCCAACAUACCAGGUCGACUAGGUUCAUCAGCGAAAUUCAAGCCCUUCUGGGGCCAUUGACUGAGAGGGUGGAAGGACAACUGUUCAAAUGCAGCAACCCCGGGUGUGACGGGGACGCCAGCCUUGCUCAGUUACGCCUCAUCACUCAUUGCGGUCAUAAAGCUUGCGAGGAGUGCCUGUCGACGCGGAUCGACGCCGAGAGAUGCGUCGCCCCGAUGUGCAAUAUUUUUUUGCAGGGCGAGAGUCUCGUCAAGGCCACGGACCUUGGUUCGAGAACGGAGCCUGCCACUCCAGGUUACUCUGGGAGGAAGAUGGCAGAUGUUAUGGACAUCAUAGCCGGAUUUUCAGAAGGUGAACAAGGAGUCAUCUUUGCGCCCAACGACGAGACAGUGGGGGUCCUGAAAACCGUGCUGGACCGCAACGGGGUACCUUGCCAUUCACUUCUUGGCUCCAAGAGCGCUGAUACCGCAAAGACUAUCGAGGCGUUCAAAGGCAACAGUGUUCGCGAAGAUCGGCGCAAAGUGCUUCUCCUCAACAUGGGAAGUGAGUCGGCAGCUGGCGCCAACCUAGUCAACGCAAACCACAUCAUCUUUGUCGCACCUCUGCUCUCGAAGACACAAUACGAGUACGACUCUGCCAUGACUCAAGCUAUCGCACGAGUUCGCCGAUACGGGCAGGAGAAAACCGAGAAAACCGUCUACAUCUACCACAUGAUCGCGCAGCGUACCAUCGACGUGGACAUCCUCGAGCACCGUCACAAGCGUGUAGACGGCAUCACCACUUCCGAGUCCACGAUGAAGAUGCCCCAGGCAGAUGAGCGGAAGGGCAAGACGAAGCUAGUCAAGAACAUGGAGGGACACAUGGCUUUGGUGCCAGUGUCAUGGCUGGCGGACAAGUCAAAGAGGGAGAUCGUCGGCGUAGAUGAGAGGCCUGAGAGCUUUGCGUCACUCGUGCGCUUCUCGGACGUUUUUGAACACGACGAUUGA